CAUCUUGAAUCAAGAUCAAUUUGUAAGCCAACAUAAACUAGGACUAUCUCUGCGGGUGAAUUGGAAAAGUAUCACGUAUCUGGCAGAAAUCCUCCAAAGAAAAUCUUGAUUGGACCAAUCAUAACCACUUCAUGUUGGCCCUUGACAUUUACAUUUACUGAAUUUCAAGUGGCUUUUCCUGUCCUUUAGAGUUUAUUUGGCAAAGUGUGAUGCAAUCCUACAAUUUAGUGAGUAAAUAUUGGGUGUAAAAUAAAUAUGUGUAUUGUCACAUUUCAUUACAUUUAAAUACUUACAAUUUUCAUGUAGAACAGUUUGGGCUAAAAAUAAAAAUGUCUAAAGUUACUAAUACGGUACUUUUAUUGCAGAUGUGUAUGUGUGAACACUGCUCUGGUAGAGAACUCCCUUAGAAAUUGUGGAACCACUUGAUUCACAUUGUUGUAUCUCAUUUAAUACCAUCAAAGUGUAUAAAAUUAGGGUUUGGACCUUUUAAGAUUGCCUUUUAGAAUUACGAAAAAACUUUGAAUACUUCGAAUAAAACGGGAAAUUUUUAGCCCAUCAAUUACAAUAUUAAUUUUCUGUACAAAAUUUGAGAAUUCUCGAUAAUCUUUUUACUUUAGAAUUAUACGUUUCGUAAUAUAUGUAGCUCUAAUUUGCAUAUACAUGUGCUUCAGGCAGAGUUCCGUGUGAAUUGUGCUACAACAGCACGUGCAAGAUACCUAGAGUUUAGCUUGGGAAAAACUUCUUUCAGUGAUUCUAUCUGGUCCAGCAAAUUUUUAUACAAAAUCUAUUCCUUGACUUUACAAUUAUAGUAACAUUAAUUAAGUCGUCUUAAAACGCCAUACCAGGUUGCUUGUAGUUAAGCUUUUAAUUUAAUUUAUAGCCCGAGUUGUACAACGUUAAAUUAUUACUUGUAGUAACGAUUAUUACUUGUUAACAAUCGCGGAAUCAUGCCCAACGUAAAAGUGUUAUUUAUAAAAAUUGUGUUAGCACAUUUGUCGUGUUUUGGAGUUUUGUCACAAAAUAACCAGAGCCAGAGCAGUACAACCUACAAGUCAUAUCAGACAUCCAUCCACUGCACCCCAUCGGAACCAAUUCACUACCCUAAAAGUACGGAAGAAGUGGUCAACAUUGUGAAGAGGGCAAUCGGAGAAAAUAAAACGGUCAAGGCGUUCGGUUCACGUCAUUCCAUCACGGAUAUUAUUUGCACUGAUGGAUAUCCAGUGUCCAUGAAACACUUUGACCACGCCAUCGAUAACGAAGAUGGCACGGCGACAUUCGGAGCAGGGAUAGAGUUGCAGGAUGCGAUGAUAUUUUUGGAAAAGAAUGGACGCACUCUCAUUUCUCUCCCAACGUUUGGAGGAAUCACGUUAGGCGGUGCAAUAGGGACUGGCGCACACGGGUCUUCUUUACUCCACCCAACUUCGAUUUCUGAUCAGGUCGUACGUCUCACUCUGGUAGACGGCAGAGGAAGCCUGCGUGACGUCAGUGAUCCGAACGAGCUUAAUGCACUCAGAGUGAACUUGGGAUUGUUUGGCGUCAUUAUUGAUGUCACCUUACAAACUGUCCCUUUGUUUAAAAUGACGGUGCACAAUCGGAUCCAUGCAGACCACAUUCUGACGGACGGGCGAACGGCACUACGAUGGGCAGCCCAGCAUGAUCUGUUUCAAAUUUGGUGGUUUCCUUCCCAGGGAGAUGUCGUUGUAUCAAAAGGGAUUUAUCACGAUGGAACGAACGAACUGGGAAACGACACAACUAAUUUCAUCCCUGACACUGACUUCAUCACUCGAAAUUUGGUUGGAACAAGUUUUGAAACCCUUCAAGAAACAAGAAAUACGUAUGCAAUGUAUUUAUUGGAAGCAUAUACUAAGUUCUCAUUAGUUGAAAGAGUGGUGGGACGAGCUCCUAUUUUCGAAGAACAUCGAAACAAUGGAUCUGCAGAAACCUGGAAUAAUUUUAAAAAUCCUGCGACUGGUUUUUCAUGGCGAUUAAUGUCAAACAGGUGUCAGAGAAGUUGCACGUGGAACACGGAUUCCAUCAGGCCAAAGUUUCUUAUCGAGGAGUCUUCAAUAGCAUUUGACUUGGAGGAAUUUUCAUCUGUGAUAAACAUGAUUCGCAAAGUUCUGAGACAAUAUCCUGCUGCAUUUCCUUUGGUUGGACUGUUUAUCCGGUUUUCGAUUCCUUCCGAUGGAUUAAUGGCAAUCAGCAGUAACAGAUCAACUUUUACGGUGGAGUGGACCACUCCGAUGAGAUGGAACAGAUAUGAGAAACCUAAAGAUGGAAUUGGGGCUUAUCAGUGGAUUCUUCAGGAAAUGGUUCAAAAUUACAAUGGGAGACCUCAUUGGGGCAAAAACGGGUUGCACUAUUUCAACCGAGACCUCAUGGCGUCAGUGUGGAAAGACAAGAGAGAAUUGUUUGUGGAAAGUAUGACCAAGUAUGAUCCAGAGGGAAUAUUCUUAAACAAAUUCGGAAGAAGGUUACUUGGGACGUCGGAUCAAGUUGACAAAGACAGCAAAGUUUAUCGAUGUGCGCUUCAAGACUACUGCAUUUGUCAAAAACAUGAUGACUGUGGCCUUCUUCAAAAUUGUGUAAAUAGGAAUGGAUUUAAUAUUUGUAAAGACUUGAUUGAUCUAAAACUCCCUAUAAUAUCAAUUGUUAAUUAAUUAAUUAAUAUUGCAUUGUGUUUUUAAUUUAUAUAUUUUUGAGAAGACUGCAAAAAACUGCGAUUGAUGAUCUGAAUAAUUUUGUAACUGAUAAACACAUAGUAUACCCUCGUACCAUUCUCUGGUUUUCAAUAUAUAAUUUAAAUCUCCAGAAUACUAAUAUAAAAUCAAAUACAGAUAAAAAAUAAAUGGAACUCUGAAAUUGAUCCAAACUU